ACUCUUUUCAUCUGUAUCUUACUUGUUUUGUAGGCAAUGAAAGUGGUGUCUAAGAAGAAGCUGAUGAAACAGUACGGUUUUCCCCGCCGCCCUCCUCCCCGAGGUCCUAAAGCAGCCCAGGGGGAGCAGCCCAAAGUGCUUGGUCCUCUGGAGAGAGUUUACCAGGAGAUAGCUAUCCUGAAAAAACUGGACCACCUCAACAUAGUUAAACUGGUUGAGGUGCUGGAUGAUCCAGCGGAGGACAACCUUCACAUGGUGUUUGAGCUGAUGCAGAAGGGCCCUGUGAUGGAGGUCCCCAGCGACAAUCCGUUCAGUGAGGACCAGGCCCGCCACUACUUCAGAGACAUUGUUUUGGGCAUCGAGUACUUGCACUAUCAGAAGAUCGUUCACAGAGAUAUCAAACCAUCAAAUUUAUUACUUGGAGAUGACGGUCAUGUCAAGAUCGCAGAUUUUGGGGUCAGUAACCAGUUUGAGGGUAAUGAUGCCUUGCUCUCCAGCACUGCUGGUACUCCUGCCUUCAUGGCCCCAGAGACGCUGUCAGACAACCGCAAGAGCUUUAGUGGAAAGGCUCUGGAUGUCUGGGCUAUGGGAGUGACCCUCUACUGUUUUGUGUAUGGAAAGUGCCCAUUUAUUGAUGAGUACAUACUGGCACUUCACAGUAAGAUCAAGAGUAAGCCGGUGGAGUUCCCCCAGACGCCAGCCAUCAGUGAGAGGCUGAAGAACCUGGUCUCACGAAUGCUGGACAAAAACCCAGACACCAGGAUCACCAUUCCUGAGAUCAAAGUGGACCCCUGGGUGACUCAGGAUGGCACUGACCCUUUGCCUUUAGAAGAGGAGCACUGUACCGUGGUGGAGGUCACUGAAGAAGAGGUGCAGAACUCAGUGAAGUUUGUCCCAAGUCUGUCUGCUGUGAUUUUGGUCAAAGCCAUGUUAAGGAAGCGUUCCUUUGGCAAUCCAUUUGAGUGUCCCAGCAGGAGAGAAGAGAGAUCCAUGUCUGCACCAGGCAGUCUGCUCAUGGACUCUUGGCCAUUCCGGCCCUCUUUUAAACUCCAGCCCUCAUUAAGAAAGGGGAGCAGUGGAGAGGCUGGUAGAGAAGUUGAGCUCGAGGACUUGCAUGAGGACGAACCACCCACCUCUUGAGUGUCUUCAUAGAUCCUGAAGUGUUCCUCAUUGUCCUUCCAGCCCUUUGAGCAGAUGAUCAUGACCCAAACCACUCCACUACACUGUUUCCACAGAUUUAAGGCUUACCUUU